GACAUUACCUGAUGCUUUUUUUCAUUUGCCAUCAUUGGUAAAAUAUAAGCUGUCGGUUCUAAUGAACACCAUUUAAAGUGGCCUCUUUACUGGGGUUUAGGUUAAGCAAUACAGAAUAAAUGAACUCAAUUACAUUAACAAGAUCCAGCCUUUUGGUGCUCUAGUGAAUAUUUGUAAAAUUGGAUAUCCUGACACUUUGAUUAAUUAUUUCACAAUUUAUCCAAGCUCUUCCUUUUGUAUGUAUAUCCUUUGUUAAGUAAGUUUUACAUAUUAUACAUUCCCAACACCCCCACCUUGCCCCUCAAAGAGGAAGACAGGAAGAGACACGAUAAAGGUUAAUAUCAGACUGCAUGAUACAGCUGUGAUUGACAAGAAAGGAAGGUGCUGAGUGCAGGUCGAGUUGCCUUAUUUACAACCCACUGCUGGGUGUAGAGCCUUUGUCAGGCCUAGAUUUAGCUAAUUUAGUGCUGAUCAAAAGCACCGCAGAGUUAAAGGUCUGGUAAUGACUGCUAAUUCUAUUUCAGCCACAUACAUCCCCAACUGUUGUAAUUAACUACGUGCUAUUUAAGUGCAGGUAAAGAAUAUUUUUGCAGUAUUUUUUUUUAUACAUAUCUAUAACACAGACCAUGUCAUAAUUGCUAGACCGUCAUUAACCCUUUACGUGCCAUCAUCAAAUCAGUUCACAUUGCAAUAUGUACAGUGGACUGGACAUCAAAGGUGUUACGGCAGCUGAUUGGUUUGCUGUCUGUUACUUUAUUUCAUUGAUUUUAUAAUGUAUGUAAUAAGAUUUUGUAUGUCAUGAGAGUAAAAAAUAAAUAAAUUACACAGUGAGUAUUUUAUGAACGUUGGAAGCGAUUUUAAACGGCCAGAAAUCAGAUAUCAGAUAAGGAUUGAUCGUUAAAAUUGUAUUUAUUCAAAUAUUGCAUUUUUGCCAGUGACCGUGUAGGUUACUGUGAAUGGGCUAUAUAUUAUAACCUUUCUGUAAGUGGACGCUUAAGCUAAGCUGAUAUGCAUGCAUCGUGUUAGUAAAAUGGCAAAAAUCCGUCUCUACUUAUUUUUAUCAAUUAAUUAUAUAAUAAAACUCUAAUUAUAAGAGUAGAUUGAGCGAUUCCUAUUUCGCUAUUGACUGAGGAUGUGUUAGAGGUAAGGCAGUGAUGGAGCACGUUGUCUUGAGCCCCCCCUGUUGGACACAGCAGGAGCUGCACGGUGCUGAGUGCAAGUGCAACUUUCUCAGAAAUUUAUAUUCGUUCUAUUUUAGAACUUUGUUAUUCGUUCUGUUAAAAAUAAUAAGAAAAGUCAUUUCAAAAUUCGAAAUUACACUGAAAGAUAAACCCAAUCCCGGUGAACCGUUUAAAAGAAUCCUUUAUUUAUUUUGCAUGUUAUCGAUCAUUUUACAGAUUAUCGCAAAUAAAUAUUUCAUCUACUUAUCGUAGAAGUUAAGUUUAACCUUUUCCUUGCCGGGUCACCAUUUUAUAACCACGGCAGAUUGUUUUCAUAGUCAUCAAGCAAAUGCCUUUAGAAUAAAUCAUAAAAAAAUGUUGUCCUUUUUUAAAAACGUUUUAAAAGAGAAAUUGAUAACUUUGAUUGCAAAUGAUGAUGAUAUUGAAAUAUUUGCUUAAUAAUUUGUUAGGAAUAUCUAUGUUUAAUAAAAAACAUUUAUUUUUCCUCAGAAUCUUUUAAUAUGAAUUAUACUAUCUUUUAAUAUGAAUUAUAUUGCUUCAAACUACACACCACCCGGUUUAACUAGUUUCAGUUUAAAAGUCCAUUCGACUAAUUGAUGAUCCUGUAAUUAUAUUCAACCAAAAAUUCCACAGCUGUAAGCUUUGUUAAAUAUCUCACUAUAAGACAUUUUUGGGGGGGAUAUAAUAAUGCAAUGCAAAUAUAUAUAUAAUUAUUUUUUAUUAUUAGAAUUUUUUUUAUUUUUUUUAAGUUUCUGAGUUACUCUGGUCGCUAAAUGGUUAAACAUCUACAUUGUCAUGUAAAGCUAGCGAUCUUGUAGCGCUGAAGUGUAAAAUUGCAGAAGCCUUUGUCUUGUUAUCUGAUGACAUAUUACUGGUGAUAAAUGAUUAUAUGGCAGAAUUAUUGCUCUGACUAAUGGCUUAGAUAACCCAUAGAAAAUCCCUUUCACAUUCAGGGCAAAUGAAUUACCCGAAUAACAGUAACUCUUCAACCUAGAGAGAAAUAUCACAUUGUAAUUUGAUUAUCUCACUAAAUUAUGAUUUAGGUAAGGAGUGAAAUCUGCAUUGUUCCUGCUAUAGGAUUCUAUUUAAUUAAGCUUUUUUUUUUAUUAUUGUUGUAUUAUUAUUAUUAUUACUAUUAUUACUGACAUUUAUAAAGCGCUGACAUGUUCCGUAGCAAUGUACAAUUGGGGGAAGACAGAAAAUGUAAAGAGGGCCCUGCCUGUGAGCUGAGAUCACUGAGAGGAAUCUAAUCUAAUUUCUUUAUAGUCGGACCUUUAUAGUUGAUGAUUAUAAUGCAUGCAGCUACUUGUAAUAUAGAG